GGGUGACACAUCACACACUGCCUGGAGAGAAAGACAGAACUACGCCGGAUGAAGCUGUAGAAAACACCAUGUUGGCAAUCACAGAGUUUCAGAAGAUCGGAGUGGGCUUGACAGGCUUCGGGAUGUUCUUUCUGCUCUUUGGUGUGCUACUGUACUUUGACUCGGUCCUGCUGGCAUUUGGAAAUGUGCUGUUUCUGGCUGGCUUGGCCUUCAUCAUUGGCCUGAGAAGGACAGCGCACUUCUUUUUCCAGAGGCACAAGCUAAAGGCAUCUACCUUCUUCCUGGGUGGUGUGGUGCUGGUGCUCAUGCGAUGGCCAAUCAUUGGGAUGGCAGUGGAGAGUUAUGGUUUCGUAUUGCUGUUCAAGUCAUUCUUCCCUAUGGUGUUUGGAUUUUUGGGAUCGCUGGUAAAUAUCCCUUAUCUCAGCUCGUUCCUCAGCAGUUUAUCUGGAGGCAGUCCAUCUAUGGUUUGAAAGCACAGAAGAGAAGGAGCAAAUGCAGUCAUGUUACCUGAGAACCUGAGAAUGCUGCAAGUGUUUACUCAGUGUGGAAAAAAACACUGACAUGGACAUUUCAUACACAUUUUGUGUAUGAAUUUUUACAUAUUAUGUAUUUAUGAUGAUGGUAAAGUUUUAUUUAUGAUUAUUUUGAAGAAAAAAAAAGAAUUCAUCCAGUUUGUCUUCACAUGCAGCUAAAUUAUUGUUAAGUAAGGUGGUGAAAGUAUUGUAGAUAAAAAACAAAGUAGCUGCUGGAUUUGUGAAAUAUACUGUAUAGUGUACAACUGCAUACGCAUUAUUGUUAAAUACUAAAUACAAAUACAAAUAAAUAAAAAUGGGACUGGUGCAAAUUCAAA